AUGAGUGGCAUUACUUCAAGUGAGUGGCAUUCCGUGGCCGAUCGGUUAGCACUUUUUAUGCAGCGUUAUGCUGUAUCAGAUGACAAGAUUGCAAGUACAUUAGGCUGGUCAAGAGAUCAAUUACGUGCUUAUUUAUCACCCAAAGCUCGACGUCUCAAAGCUCCGUCUGAUAUUGCAGAUACAGCGGUAGACAAGUUAUUGAUGCGAUAUCGUGUCGCGCUGGCGCAUCAAACGCUCAAGAAUGCAGUGGCUAAGCCACUAAAGCCUCUAGAUGGUGGUUCUAGGAGAUCUACUGCACCUACGCAGUUUGGACGCAAUACAGUCGAUAAAAAAAGUCUUAUCAUCGCUGAUGCAACAUCUAUGCAAUCGGCUGCAUCAGACGUGGAGCAGACAGUUACAGGCAAUAGAAAGCGAAAACGAAGGACUAUUGUACUUCCGUUGGAUGCGUCAGCUGCAAAAGUAAAGGCUAUGGUGUCUAAGGAAAAAGGCAGUAAGGCCAAUGUGGAUUCACGAUCGACAAUACAUCAGUGUGAUGUAUGGAAGACGCGGCAUUUGGCCAAGACGGAGCUUAUUUGCCCCAUUCGUCUUGACGUGGACUUGGAUGGCAUUCGAUUUCAGGACACAUUCCUUAUUAAUGCAGCUUUAACUACUUGCUCGCCAGAAAGACUUGCUUCCCAAAUAACCCAGGAUGAAAACAUGAGCGAAAAACAUAGAGAUGCUAUUGCCGAGUCGAUCCGGCGACAAAUUUUCAUGUUUACCUCGAAUUUAAGCAUCAAACUUAGAAAUGGGCGGCUAUAUCCCAUCUACCUGGAUCUCAUUAUCGACGGGUUUUCUUUGCGCGAUCAGUUUGAGUGGGAUAUUUCCAACGACUGUAAUGCCGCCCAGACGUUUGCUAGUACGCUUUGUGCAGACUUGAAUCUGCCGAAAGCAUUUGAGCCAGCCAUCGUAUUUUCAAUCUUCGAGCAGGUGAUGGCUUAUCGCUUUGCAUUAAAUGGGCACAAAUGGAUUGGGGCGAACCCGUUUCAAGUAAAAGGUACCGGCGUCACCUUGCCAACUUCCAGUGCAGGGUAUAUUGAGACAAUGCCACCCCUUGACGAUAUCGUACGUGACACAAACGACGCAAACUUAUGGCAGCCCGUAUUGAGUGAGCUAUCUAGCGAAGAGAGGACAUAUUUAUCUGCAAGAUUAACGGCUACUCGAGCCUCUACAACUUGGAAGAGCACGCCAGUGGUCUCACAAACUAAUGGGCGGUCAAAUCGACCAGCUCGGCCAGUAUUAAAGGAAAACCGCCUUCCCCGACCAGUCAACCCUUUCAUCGUAUACUGUCAAAUGCAAAAGGAAGCCUUAGGCAAGACACGACGCUCUGCGUCCGAAGCAAGAAAAAUUAUGGGCGAUAUGUGGCGCAGAUGCACAGACGAGGAAAAAGAGUAUUACGCGCAUUUGACGGAAGCGGAAAAUGAAAGAAGACGUCGGGAUCAUAUUUUAGAUAUGCGCGACCGCGCAAUUGCCGACUGGGAAAAGGAAGAAGCACGCCGGAAAGGUCUCUUGGCCGCUAGCACAUUGGAGGCAUCUGCAGACCACUUUCGCGGUCUUUUGCUUGAAAACUACAUGAGCGAGCGACACGAAGUAGACAUGAAUAGACAAGAAGAGUUAGAAAGUGAUCCUGCUGAAGAGGAGGAUGAGGAAGACGAGGAAGACAACGAGAUGGCCUAG